UUAGAUCUUUUUUAGCACCCGCCCCUCUUACUCUUGGAUUGGUGUGUUUGUCUCAUCGCUUCUCUCAAGAGGAAAAGUAACAUGGCGGCGACCUUGCGGGCUGCGAAGCGGUUUUUGCAGGUUCCGAGCAAGGUGACUCCGUCAUUGUCUCGUUCAGUAUUCCAAGUAGGAAGGGAAGAUUUAGAAAAUCCUAACUGGAUGAAAGUUGGCCUGAGUCUUUCUUCAACUGUCCUAUUAUGGGUUAUGCUUAUCAAGCACCAUAAUUAUGAAAUGGCAGAAUAUGAAAGGAGGAAAAAAGAGCAAGAUUCUUAAUGCCAAUCUGAUCGUUAUAAAUUAAAGAAAAACUCCAUCCAUUAGUGAGAUUUCUUCAACCAGAUUAUUCCAAUGCU